AAAAACACCUUUAUGUUCGACCUGUUACUGCUAUUAAUGGAUGGAUGAAAUUCGUACGGUGUUUUUUGGUUCCGUGAUAAUAAAAAACCAAUAAUUUUCUGAGUCGGUUUAUCGUUUCAACGGUAAAUAAAAGGUUGAUGGAUCCAGCACAGCCUGGGCAAAGCGCUGCAUUCCUGAUGCCAUCUACGGGAAAUCUUAGCUCAUCUUCAGUUCCCACCCUGCCUCCUCCAGCUUCAGUUUGCCCCACCACAAAGACAUUAAACCCUCCAGCACUCAGCACUGCCAAGACAUCAGAUGCAUCCCUGCAGGAAUGUGGAGGCCCAGUGUCCACCUCUUUAGUGUCCGGCUCUGUUAGCAUCAGCCGACCUAGGCCCACUGCCAGAUCGGGGGUAAAAUCCCCCAGAACUGUGGACCCUCCUGCUAUUUUAGCGACAAGCUCUACAUCUCAAUCCCCUACAGAGCCACUACAAGGACGCCGCAGCCCACAGAGCUCACAAAAUACUCAACUCAAUCCAGUCAAAGAUGCUCAGCUCAGUCCAAAUAACCCGCUUUGUCCAAUUCAGACCCAGCUGAGCCCCAGCACCAAGCCUAACUCAUUAACUUUCCCUAGUCCUUCUGUAACCUCUGGUUUUCUCCCAAAACCAAACAUAAACACUCAGUCUAUCCUUAUUCCUCAACCUAAUCUCCAGAGCCAAACUCCAGAGCCGAUCAUCAUAAGUCCUGGCACUGCAGAAAAAGCUCCACACAAGAAGUCCACCAACGAUGAUGGAGAUUUCAGGGUUCACAUUGUCACAUGGAACGUCGGUUCAGCGAUGCCACCUGACGACAUCAGCGGGUUGUUCAGCCCAGGAGUCAGUGAUGGGAGCACCGACAUGUUUAUCGUUGGGCUACAGGAAGUGAACUGUAUGAUCAAUAAGAGGCUGAAGGAUGCACUCUUCAUAGAUCAGUGGAGUGAGCUGUGUAUGGACACGCUCGGCCGCUUCGGUUACGUGCUGGUGGCGUCUCAGAGGAUGCACAGUGUUUUGCUGCUGGUUUUCUCCAAGUUUUGCCACUUGCCGUUCCUGCGUGGGAUUCAGACCCAAAGCACGCGAACUGGUCUCGGUGGCUGCUGGGGAAAUAAGGGUGGUGUGAGUGUGAGGAUGAUGAUGUACGGUCACCCCGUGUGCUUUCUAAACUGCCAUCUGCCGGCUCACAUGCGGAACCUGGAGCAGCGCAUUGAGGACUUUGAAAGCAUCCUGCAGCAGCAGCAGUUCGAGGGCGGAGCCGCUGUGGGCGUGCUGGAUCAUGAUGUCGUGUUCUGGUUUGGUGACCUGAACUUUCGCAUUGAUGACUACGAUAUCCACGUGGUGAAAAGUGCAAUAGAGAACAAUAAACUGUCAGUGCUCUGGGAGAAAGAUCAGCUCAACAUAACGAAGAAGAGAGAGUCUGUGAUGGAUGAGUUUGUGGAAGGACCUCUAAAUUUCCCACCGACCUACAAGUUCGAUGUGGGAACACACACCUAUGACACAAGUGCUAAGAAGAGGAAACCUGCGUGGACAGACCGCAUCCUGUGGCGUCUUCGCAGGACGGGUUCGCCCGUGCCGUCCCACAAUGCCGCGCUGCAGCGUGGUCUUACCUCCUGGCUCGGUGGGGCCACACGGGUCACGCAGUCCUUUUACCGCAGUCACAUGCGCUACACUGUUAGUGACCACAAACCUGUAUCCGCCCUCUUCUGUCUGCAUUUUCCCUUUAAGCUGGAUCUGCCAUUAGUCAAGCUGGAGGUGGAGAAAGAGUGGACCAAGGUGUCAGAUGCUUCAGCCAAGUUUACUACAGCAUCAGGUUUCCAGAGAAGCUCCUGGGACUGGGUAGGAUUGUACAAGGUGGGUUUCAAACACCACAAGGACUAUGCAGCCUAUGUCUGGGCCAAAACAGACCAUUCCACUCAGGUGACUUUUCCCGAAGAGGAUUUGCCUAGAGAUGCAGGAGAAUACGUGCUGGGUUAUUACAGUCACAACAUGAACAGCAUUGUGGGAAUUACAGAGCCGUUCCAGGUUCAGUUACCUGUCUGUUCCCCUCCUGCCCCGCCGUGUCCGUCCCACUCGGAUAGUUCGGACGCAAGCUCCGAGGACGACAGCACUCUGGUCCUGCUGGCUUCCAACUCACGCAGCCCGAGUCCCAGGACACGCUCCAAUAAACGGCAGCAGCGGCACCAUCGCAGUCGCAGCCCGGCCGUACCUGCUCUGCAGUCCCUCAGUUUGAAACCCAGAGACUCUCCUGUUUCACCCCGGCAGGCCGCGAACACCAAGAAAGAGCGUCUGUUUUCCCCCGAGUCACCUUCUAUUAGUCCUCUGAGCCCUGCCAAUGGCAUCAGCGUCCCAGAAGCACUGGUUGCCGCAAUCCUAGGGGAACACAGAGCACCUCAGGGCCAGACCCCUGCCAAAAGCGGGGACUCUAACCGAUGACCACACAUCUGCUGUCCAAGACUUGUAGAACGCUAAUACAUAACAGCUACAAUGUGUGAGAGUCGUGUUUUUUUUUAGACGUAGCUCUGACCUGUUGCUGUGUCACACUGCAGUCUGUUACUGCACAUUUGUCUCUUCAAAUCAGUGCCGGUUCGAGCCUUGCUACUGGGCCUUCUUCUCUUCUCAUCAUAAUCUGCUGUGCUCGUGAGCUUUUUGACUAUGAAUAGGUAGCUAGCUUGAUAUCUUUGCUAAUGUCUGGAGACCACUGCCAGACAUUUAUGAUGAAAGCCAACAUAUCACAAAGUUUAUUAGCUAGUUAGCUGUUGAGAAUCAAACUCAUCUGCUCUAACUAUCAUAUACCAUCGAUUGUAUAUGUUUCUUUAGCUAGUUAACUAUUUUGCUAAUUACUGAGCUAGUGUUAGCAUCCUCACUUCAGACAAUCUCAAUGUUAAACUAAGCAGCUAGCAGUGACCAGCAUUACUAAUGUCACGUUGUAGCCGAGGGACAGUGUGUCGGGUCCAUGUUUAUCUUGGCAAAUUGUUUUACAACAUUCGCAAAGUGGCAGUUGGUGUAUAAAGGCUGUUUAUCUUUAAAUAUGUGCUAACUUGAAGAAUCAACAUACAUUCGGUUCUGUGUGUCAAACAUUACCACGUUCUCCCUACAGCAUGUGAGCUAAAGAGUUCAUCUCUGCAUGAGAAAACAGACAGUUUGGAGUAAAUUGCUUGCAUUAGUUUGUACAGAGAUCAUUAGCAUUAUAUUAUAUAUAUAUAUAUAUAUACAAUGGCUGAGUAGCAUUAUUGCCUCUGGGGUUGGAGGUUUGAUUUGUUCCCUGCCCUGUGUGCACAGAGUGUGCACGUUCUCCCUGAGCUUCAUGAGUUUCCUCAGGGUACUCAAGUUUCCUCUCUCAGUUCAAAGUCAUCAUAGCUUGAUUAGCAUCUUUGAAUUGUCUGUAGUAUGUGAAUUAGUGUGUGAUGGAUGUCGUCCAGGAUGUCCCCCAUGUUUUGCCUUCCUAGAUUUCAGGCUCCCCUUGACACAGUAGUAUACAUGCUACUGAAAAUGGAUGGUUAUAUUAUAUCUAAUACAUUCAGUAAAAGUCUUGGACAUAUGUCAAUUUAUGCUGUAAAGCAAAGAUGCCUUCAAAAAUGAUGCAACGGUCAUUAUUUGGCACAAGCACCCUUUUCCUUUAAAAAUUCAUCAGUGACCUCAAGAACUUCAUCCAAAUAUCUGUGAAUGUUGUCAGGUUAAGAUCCUGCCACAGUUCUUCUGAAAGCUUCUGUUUUAAUAAAGGCUAAAAGCCUCUGUAUUCUUGACAGAUAGAGCCUCUGUAUAACCUGAAAAAUUGUCUGUAAUGCAAAUCUUUCUUUACUGAAAUACAUUAAUAACAUAAUAAUCAUUGAACGUACUAGUGGGAUUUGGGUUACUGUAUUAACGCUGUUUCCUCUGGUAGUGAACUUUUCUGUCAACCUCAUCAGUUUAGCAUUGAUUAUGUAAUCAGAAUUUAUGAGAUGAGGUGCUUUUGCCAAACUAUGAACUGCACAAGACUUGCCAAGAUAUACACAGGCCAUAGCUCCACUCCAUUUCAAUCUAUAUAAAUUUCUGGUCAGCAUUUGAGGCAUGAGCUCACGCCGUCUCUAUAUAUCUCUGUCUUUUUCACUCAUAUAAGUGCAUAAAGCAUGAAGCAUAAAAGGAAUAGAAAUCGACUGAACUCAAACGCUCACAGCCGAUGCUUUAUUUUAGAUCAUAAUCAACAAAGAUAUCAUGACUGUGCAUGGUGUAGCUUUAUAGCAAAGUGUUUCGGUUAUAGAUAGACCGGUGUUAUCGGUGUCUCAUAGAAUCAUUUGAUGUUUUUAUAGAGCUGUGGUCUAAUUUUUCUGGGCAUAUCAUCUGUGAAUUUCUGACACCGUUGUAGAUUUCGCUGUUUGUUUUCUUGAUAGCAGUGCUGUGGAUUGGACAGGCUAAGGCUAGCUCUGCAUGGACAAGAGGGAAAAAAUCCGAUACUAAUACGAAUGGCUUGUCCGAGUCUUCAGGGGCUAGAGCAAGAGUCAGAGAGAGAGAGAGAGAGAGAGAGAGAGAGCUCUAUUUUACAUUACUAUGCACAUAAAUCUACUUGUGUAGUGUGUGCAGAGGACGGACCGGCAACACUGCAAAUACUAACCUGAGGCUUGUAAAUGUAAUGUGUUUGUGUGUGUGUGUGCGUGUGUGUGUGUGUGAGAGAGAGAGAGCUUUAUUCAUCCUUGUUCAGAAAUCUACUCAUGACUUGUGAUCAUAUGCAGCAUAUAUAUCACGUUGUUUGUUUUCGAGCCACCUAAUGCUGGGGAGUCUGAAUGAACAUUCAUUUUGUUUGUGUAGAAAAAACCCAACGACAAAAGCCAUACUUGAUAGUAUCUCCAGCCUUAUUGUUAAAUACAGCUACCAAAACACUGGUCAUCCUGGUGGACCUGGCUGGAAAAUGCUACUGAUGUGACAUAAUUUUAAUAAAAUAACCCCUUAAGGUAUUUAGACCUUAAGACACUUAAAUAGUAAUAAUGAAAACAAUUCACCAGCUGCUGAUUUGGUCUAUCAGUUUGAUCACGUCAGCUUGUGUUUUGGUAGCUAGUCAGACCAAGCUGGAUGUUUCAGCAGGGAGUGUAAUCUGGAUAAACAGGAUCCAGCUUUUACUGAUGUCUAAUAGUAGUAAAGGUGAGUGCAUAGAUUUACAGAUUUAUAGACACGCCAACAUUAUCACAUGUAGCAAAAUAAGUAUUUUCUUUAAAAAGUCAGUAAACACAUUGCUUGAAAAAAAAAACAAGAACAACAGGAUGCGAUGAUAAAUUAUAUCUAUUUUUGAUUCUUAUUAUUUUCCAGUUGUUAGCCUUGAAACAUGGGGGUGCAAACUUUUGCACUUUAUGCUAGCAUCUCUCUACAGCCAGACCCGAACACAAACAAGCAAAUGAAUAUAAUUGUGAAAUGGCUGUAGAAUACUGGUGCACACCUGUCUUAUUAUUUGCAGUGACUAAGCGAUAUUCUGGUUUUCAUGACGUGUAGCUGUCCCCUUUCUGACCAUUUCGCUUCCUGCAAGUCACAUAAAAGUCAUGUGACA